UUACGAACACCUAACACUUUUGAACUAUUAUAUAGUUAUAUAUGUAUCCGCAAGUGAAUCAAACGCUUGUUUAAUACGAAGACUGACUUAGAUGUAGUGUUGUGAAAAAUGGGUGUUAAUUUAUUAUUAUUUUUAACUGUGAUUGCUGCUUCAUCGGCACAAAAUGCGUACCGAGUAUGCAUCCCAAAUUCUCAGCCUGUAUUAUGUCAGAGCCUCGACAAAGACGGGAGCCAGGUCAAAUGCGAAGCAGUCGAGUCCAAAAUCGACUGCGCCUUAAAAUUAUCUCGCGGUGAGGCGGAUCUGGGCGUUUUCUCUGAAGAGGAGAUGGUCCUUCUGCCGCAGCAUCCCACUGGUAACAACUACAGGAUCGUGGGUUCGAUCAGAGACGUGUCAAAGACUGAACCCUUCGCCUUCGAAGCCGUGGCCGUGGUAGCAUCGAGCCACACUGGUGGUCUGGAAGGACUACGUGGAGGUCGCUACUGCCACCCAGGACUGGAUGAGCCCGAUCUACGCUGGUCAUCCAGAGUUUUGAAGACUUUGGAGAAGCUGGCUGCCAAAACCGACCGCUGUCCCGAUGCAAAUACCAACGGAAAGACCGCUGAAGAGAUGGAGGUGGAAACACUCUCCCAGUUCUUCAACAGCGCCUGCAGACCUGGACCCUGGAGUGCUAAUACAACCGUCGACGCGAAUUUGAAAAGCCGCUUCCAAUCCCUAUGCUCACUGUGUGGUGACAACUCGGAUUGUUCCCGCUACACCAUUGAUAUGGGAGUGACAGUUUCCGGAGUACGAAAUGACAAUAGACAUAUUCAAGCAUUGGAAUGUCUACGAAGUGGUAACGAAUCACGUGUAGCUUACGUAGCAUGGCAGCAUGUUCGCGAAUUCUUUAAUAUCCGCAACCCUCAAGAAGCGACAUCAUAUUCUCUGCUAUGUCCGGAUGAGACCCUUGUAGUGCUGACUAGUGAGGUCUUGGCUCAAGGUACCGCUCCUUGCUCCUUCGUUAAGCAACCAUGGAGCGCUCUUGUCGCACCAACAAAUCAAGCAAAGGGAAUCCAGACCAACCUACAACAGUGGUGGCAAAACGGCGCCAGUCCUGGUGGUAAUUCUUGGCAAGCGGUGCUCUUUGGUGCCAUCGUUGGAGGUUCCAGUGCCAGGGUUUUAUUUGACGAGACACUACCAAAUUUGUCGUAUUCUGCUAAUUUACGAAACAUAUCGGCAAUCGAUGCGUCUCCAAGCUGCAUCCCAGCCCGUCGCUGGUGCACCAUCUCCGAAUCUGAACACUCCAAGUGCCUCUGGGUGCAAUUAGCUGCGCAUACCCUGGGAAUCGAACCGGCGAUUUCCUGCCAACAAAGGAAAUCCAUCUUCGAAUGCUUCGCUGCUAUCAAGGAUAACACUGCUGAUUUUAUCGCUGCACCAGCAAACUACGGAUUUCUGGCCAGACAACACUACGGUCUUUCAUCAGUGAAGCUAGUUCAGAACUCUCGCAACGACCCGCGCGCUUUCUCCCGCGUCGCAACACUUCUACAGGCUUCGAGUUCCAUUACACGCUUUGAGAACCUUCGCGGGAAGAAGGCUUGCUUCCCCGAGUUUGGAGGAAUUUCAUACGUAGCCUUCAUCAGAGCUGCGCAAGAGCGCGACGUGAUCUCUCGCUCAGAAUGCGACUACGCCCGCGCGGUUGGAGAGUUCUUUGGCGGCGCAUGCGCACCCGGAGCACUCAACGCGUCACACGUUAUCGCUUCAUCUGAUUACGAUGUCAAGCCUCUCUGUUCUUUGUGCAAACCAGCUAAUACCAGCGUAGCCCCAGAAGGAACGGAAAUCUGUUCAUAUGACUCCAACAACAAAUACUAUGGCAACGCAGGUGCAGUGGCCUGUUUAGCUGAUCCAGACAGUGAUGUAGCGUUCGUGGAAUUGGAGAAUAUCGAUGCUAAUCUACGAGCGGCGGGUCUUGAUGCAUCACAAAUUCGAGUUCUUUGUCGUAACAAUACCUUGGCGUUGUCGACGGGUGUUUCGGUCGACUCGAACUGUCUCCUCGCUGAUGUUGUCGACUCCGAGGUCUUGGCACGAAGAAAUGACCCACUCCUAAACAGCUUGAACGCUCUACUGGACACUCUUGACCUACACUUUGGAUACAAUGCGGCCACAUCGACCCAACUCAUCAAUUUGGCGAUUUAUUCACCUCUCGAUGGUGUGAAUGACCUACUCUUCAAAAACACAGCAGUUGGCUUAUCAGAGCCAUCCAGUGCAGCGGCGAACGAAGCUUCCCGUAAUUACAACGAGUUGUUCAAACAUCUCGACUCCUGCACAUCAGCAGCCCCAGGAAAUGGAGCUAAGAACUACUACAGCUAUGUCACAUUUGUCCUCAUGGCUAUUAUGACUAAAUAUGUCGUUUAUUAAUAAAUUUUUGUAUCUUGUCUUCGUGAGAUUCAGUGUCGAGGCUUAGUGCAAAGUUACGUUCUCGUAACUGUCAAAAUCCCUAUAAGUUUUUGACACACAGGAGUCAUACGUGACGCUAAUUCUCAACUCUCUUUCACUUAGUUUAAAUUAAAGAAUGUCAGAUUUCAUUUUAAUAGAUAAAUAGGCUUAUCAGGGUUAUAUGUCGCAGUCAACUAGCUUAAUUAGUCCUUCUAUUAACAGCCAUUCAGCCGUUUGAUCAAACAGCUAGGCAAAUAUUAAAUGACUGGAAUCGAUCACAUUUAAUUACAUAACUAAACGGUUCAUUUCAAUUUAGUUCCAAUUUCUGCCACAGAAAAACUGUCAAUAUGGCUUGCUUUCCAAAAACCAUUUUCAUUUUAAAUAUAUUAAAUAAGGAUGAUUCAUCUUUCUUAUUUCUGUCACAUGGUCGUCCUACCGUACGAAUGGCCGCUAGUUAAACGGCGCUGUUAAGUAAAGAGGCUCUUGAUUGCACGGCUUAUUAUGCUAAUUGUCUGUGACAUAUACAAAAUUAUCAUUCCAUUUGUUAUAAUACAUAAAUUCUACGUGAAUCAUAAAUGUUUUAUUCCUUCAUAAAUUAUUAUUUUUGUAAAAAAUUGUUACUAUUAUAUUCGACUUAUAUGCUAUUACGGAUUGAUGAAAUACGAACUGUUAAUUGGUUGGAACCAGUCACCUAAAGUGAGUUUUUACGUUGCCGUCUAUAAAAUUAAAAUCUAUACAAUUUACUCAAUAAGAAUCCGCAAGGCAUUCAUGACAUUUCAUGCCACGAUUAGGAUAUGCCAAUUUGACAGUUUGCAUAUUACAUCUGUCAGCUAUCAUUUAGCAUCUUUUGCAUGCUUUGCAAAAUGUUACCAGUGUAGUUUUAAUUUGUUUUCCGAUUUUACAAUUAGAAUAAAAGUUUUUUUAAAUAAAA